CGACUCCCUGUUGUGCUCCAGAGCUUACUCACUGCCCGAGUACGCAAUGUCCCCGUGCCCAACCUGCUGAUUCUCGUGAUAUUCGCCUAUUUCCUCGCCAGGCUCACUACCAAAUACCACCAGCUGUACACCAAAUCGUCUCUUGUCGCCACUAUGGCCACCAACAUCGUUCUGUACGGCAUUGCAGACACAUUGGCGCAAUCCAUCACCGCGUACUGUCAACAGACGUCGUUCCAGGAGCGCAAUUUGCCGUACAACAUCGCCACCUAUCUAGAGACACUGGUUCCGAGAAGGCCGGAGGACUAUUUUGUUGACUACGGCGAGGACGGCGAGAUCUCCGUGCACCAGGUCGAAGAGACAACAGAGUCGUCCUUACCAACGUUCCAGGUACGCCGAUUUGCAGGCUUUGUGUUCUGGGGCUUCCUGAUGUCGUUUGUCCAGGUGGUGUGGUAUUCGUUUCUGAAUGCCAUGUACAAAGACGUGCCGACGUUUGUGAGCGUGCUGGAACGCGUGCUGACCGACCAGCUGUGUUUUUCGCCCGUUUCGCUUGCCUGUUUCUUCACGUACGGCACGCUGGUGAUCGAGCAGGGCAGUGUCGACGACGUUAAGGAGAAGCUGUACAGGGUGUAUCUGUCGACGUUGGCGUGCAACUUCUGUCUGUGGUUCCCCGUGCAGUUUGUGAACUUUUUGGUGAUGCCGAAAAGCUUUCAGGUGCCGUUCAGCAGCGGCGUCGGCGUGCUGUGGAACUGUUUUCUGUCCUUGAGGAAUGCUACC